GGUUCCUAGUGGGGUUGUUUCCACUGCGCCACGAAGGGCAUUCCUAGAGCCAUUUGUAAUAGCUGUGAUGGGAUAGAAGAUCUGCCAUUUUUGGUGACAAAGCCACUUUUCACUGUGGUUUGUUGCCUAUCUCACAGUUGAAGGAAAGGCUGAAUUUCAGUGAGAAAGGAGAGAAAAUAAAAGCCAAGUUCCAGGUGCAGGGAAAUGGCUUUUGGUGUGGGGAGUAGAGAUUGGGUUCCAGAAAAUUUGGGUUCAGGAAGAGAAUUUCUUUGCAGAGGGGAAUUAGGGUGCCCUGGCCAAGAGGGCAGAUAGGGAGUCCUGCUGGAGUCUCUUCUGUUCCAUAGAGGCCCUAUGGUCCACCUUGACCGCUGCCCCAAAGUAUUGGGAGUGGGCUCCACAGUUCUUGGUGGGGCCCCAGGCAGCCCCCAUACUCCUUGGCCCACCCUAGGGCCCAGGCCACCGCACAGGCUCCUUUCUCAGAGCUGCUUCCUUCCCCUAGUGGCACUCCGUAUCAUCAUCAGUCCAUUAGCCAUUCGCCAUUAGCUUAAUGCGGUGACCUUGACCUGGGUCUGGCCCCUGCAAAUGAGGGGGCGCGCCAGGAGCGCAGGGCCUGACCCAGCAGCGGCCCGCUGUGACCAGUCAUGCGGCGGUCCUCUUAGACACUGCUCGGCCCGCGUGGGCCCUGGGCAUAAAAGGCCGGGCCGCAGAGACAGCCACAGCCACCGCACCCCGAACCCCAGCGCGCCCUCACCAUGGCCGGACCCAGCCUUGCCUGCUGCCUGCUCGGCCUCCUGGCGCUGACCUCCGCCUGCUACAUCCAGAACUGCCCCCUGGGCGGCAAGAGGGCCGUGCUGGACCUCGACGUGCGCAAGUGCCUCCCCUGCGGCCCCGGGGGCAAAGGCCGCUGCUUCGGGCCCAGCAUCUGCUGCGGGGAUGAGCUGGGCUGCUUCGUGGGCACAGCCGAGGCGCUGCGCUGCCAGGAGGAGAACUACCUGCCGUCGCCCUGCCAGUCCGGUCAGAAACCGUGCGGGAGCGAGGGCCGCUGCGCCGCCGCCGGCAUCUGCUGCAACCCUGACGGCUGCCGCUUCGACCCCGCCUGCGACCCCGAAGCCACCUUUUCCCAGCGCUGA